AUGGCUCUGCAUCAGCAACCACCAUUUUUCAACCCGAGUGUACCGUUCACUACUCCGAUCCAGGGAGGAUUGCAGGAUGGUAUGAGUAUUACUGUAUGUGGACAGGUUUGGCCUAAUGCAGACACAUUUGAGGUGAACCUUCAGUAUGGGUCUGAUGUCAUACUGCAUUUCAACCCUCGCUAUGAAGGAGGAUCUGGGUACAUCGUGCACAACACCAAUCAGAAAUGUGUCUGGGGUGAAGAAGAACGUGAGUACAAAACUCCCUUCCCGAGAGGCCAGGCGUUUGCUCUGCAGAUCCUCGUCACCCAGGAGUCAUACAAGAUAAAUGUCAAUGGGAAACCCUUCUCAGAGUACAAGCACCGUAUGCCGUUCUCAAGGGUGGACCACAUCUACGUGAUUGGAAACGUGGAACUGAGUUUAGUUGCUUUCCAAUAUCUCGCGCCUCAUUAUGCUGCACGUCCAGGAUCUUUUACAAUGCCAUACAAAAGCAUCAUCUAUGGUGGAGUACAGCCUGGCAAAGUCAUCAUCAUCCAAGGAGUCAUCAGCCCACACGCACAAAGAAUAUGUUUUAUUCUACGGUACAUAACUGGAAUUGCGUUGGAAUACAGUCUUCGUUUUGAUGAGAAUGUGGUUGUACGCAACACUUAUGAUGAUGGGACAUGGGGCAAGGAGGAACGAUGUGGAUGCAUGCCGUUUAAAAGAGGGCAACCACUGCAGGUCAUCAUUUUCUGCACUCAUCAAAAUUUUGAGAUCUUUUCCAACGGUGAAAAAGUUCACACUUACAACCAUCGUUACAGUAAUCUGGAGUACAUUGAUGUUUUAGACAUUUGUGGAGACGUGCAGCUGAGCUUUGUGCAGCCCUGACAAAGACUUCAUCCAGAUCUAUGAGAAAUGCAUGUUCAAACCUGCAUCAGUCUACAUAAACUUGUUU